AAUCCACACCAUCAUGCGUCCCAUGGCGCAUGGAGUGCAGCGCCUGAUCGUUCCUAUUCACACCCACCCCCUCCCUCCUUUCUGUGUCUUCCCUUUCACUGUCUCCCCUCCUCCCCCUUUUCACCUCUCCCAGUAUCACCACCAUCAUGCCAUCAACACCAUCAUGCGACCCAUGGCGCAGGGAGUGCAGCGGCUGAUCGUCCCCAUCCACACCCGCCCCUCCUCCGUCCCCUCUGCCUCCUCUCCGCAAGACGACGCACCGGUAGCAGCACCACUCCCGUCUCACUCCCUUUCCUCCCACUCUCCGUCCACAAACAUCCACUGUGCGUCUCCACACUCUCCAUCCUUCCAACCCCCACACUCCUCCUCGUGUCUCACUCCCUCUCCCUCCUCUCCUCCCUCCUCCUCCCUGUCCCACACCUCUGCUCCUCCCUCUCAGUCAUCCCUCUCCUCUCUCCAUUCUCUCACUUCAAACUCUUCCUCCCUCUUCUCUCACCCCUCCUUCACCUCCCACUCCCUCACUCCCUCCACCACCACCACCACACUCGCCACCUCCCCUCACUCUCUCUCCUCCACCCCCUCUCAGCUCCCUCACAAACCCCUUGCUGCUGGCGUCGCCUCUCUCUCGUUAGAGCACCUGCAAGGGGUUCCGGAUGCGAUUCCUUAUAAGCAGCCUCAAUAUACGCAACAAGCAGGGAGCACUGUACAGCUUUCGGAGUGCAACACACACUACUCGUGCGCGUUUCCAAGUGAUGAUGAGGAGGAGACAGAGGAGGGGGAGAAGAAGGGCGAGGGGGAGGGGGAGAGGAAGAGUGAGAGCGAAGUGGAGAGGGAGGGGAAGAGGGAGGGGAAGAGAGAGGGGAAGAGGGAGGGGAAGAGGGAGGGGGAGAGGGAGGGGGAGAGGGAGGGGGAGAGGGAGGGGGAGAGGGAGGGGGAAGGGAGGAAAACCAGUGGCACGGGUUCUACCCUCACUCCUUCCACCUAUGCGACCACUCCAACUGAUUCCAACGUCUCUCUUGCCAUUCCUACCAUCCUUCCCACCACUCCCGCUAACGCCCUCUCGUCCAACCAUUCCAUUACCACCGCUUUCCACCGCGCCUCCCCCUCCCCCAGCGUCCGCUGCCCGGGGGGCAGCUGCACGCCCUCCCGAAAGUUUUUCUGCCCUCAUUUCUGCGUGCUGACUCAGACUGACGUGGCGAGGUGGCUGCUUGACAGAGCGCCUCAGUUGGAGCCUGUACCCUCUAAAAGCCUCCUCGAUUUAGGGCUCGUUCACUCCCGGAUUGUCACAGUAAAGUGCUCUGACAACGCGUAUGAGGCUCUGCAGCUCUUGCAGUCGUCUGCUGGUGAGUUAGUCAGCUUUCUGUGGGAUGUCAAUGCAUUGGCAGUGGUCGACCCAUUCGCUGACCGCACCACCCCCUCUUCCUCCAAGUCAACCCAGUCAACUCACGGCUCGUCAGCUGCCAAUCCUGCCAGUGCUGCCGCCUCUUUCCCUCCUGGCAAGCUGGUGGGGCAGCUGUCGAGUGUGGAUCUGCGCGGCUGCACUGCGCAGUUCGCCGCCCGGAAUCUGCGCGGCAUGACGGUGCAGGAUCUGCUGCUGGCAGUGCCGGCCACUGAGAGCAUGCAGAGCCACGUCGGCACCAUCGCGCAAUCAUCCCGAUCACCAGUGACGGCGACCAGCGCGAAAUUCGCCGUGUCCUUCGCAGGCUCCGAGCUCCACGGCGCUGCCUGCCGAACCCUCACGACCCAAUCCGUCUCCUGCAAUGCUUCGCAGAGGCAGGCCGUGCAGCCCAGGGCGUCAGCGGACGAGCCCCUGCUGGUGCGCGCCGCGCGCGGGGAGGCCAUUCCGCGCCCGCCCGCCUGGAUGAUGCGCCAAGCGGGCCGCUACAUGGCUGCGUACCAGAAGCUCUCCAAGAACCAUCCCUCUUUCCGCGAACGUUCCGAGACGACGGAUCUAAUCGUCGAAAUUACCCUGCAGCCGUGGCGCGCGUUCAAGCCCGACGGCGUGAUCCUGUUCUCGGACAUUCUGACGCCGUUGGAUGCGAUGGGUAUUCCGUUCGAGAUCGACGAGAACAAGGGCCCCAUUAUAGACAGCCCCAUUAGGACGACGGAGGAUCUCAAGGCGUUAACGCCGGUUCAGCUGGACAAGCUGCACUUCGUUGAUGAGUCGCUGAGGCAGAUUCGGAAAGAGAUCGAGGGCACGGCCGCUCUCCUGGGCUUUGUGGGGGCGCCGUGGACGCUGGCGACGUACUGUGUGGAGGGCGGCACCACGCGUACGUACACCAAGAUCAAGGGCAUGAUCCACAGCGCGCCGGACGUGCUGCGCGCGAUCCUGCAGCACCUGGCCAAUGAGAUCGCAACAUAUGCCGCGUUCCAAGUGGACGCCGGCGCGCAGUGCAUCCAGGUCUUUGACUCGUGGGGCGGCCAGCUGCCGCCCGACCAGUGGGACGAAUGGGCCAAGCCGUACAUCAUCCAGGUUAUCUCCCAGCUGAAGGCGAAGCACCCCACGGUGCCAGUCGUGCUGUACGCCAAUGGCAGCGGGGGUCUCAUGGAGCGCAUGGCCACCACUGGGGCUGACGUCAUCGGUGUUGACUGGACCAUCGACAUGGCCGAUGCACGGGCGAGGAUCGAUGGCGCUCUGAGGGCGAGCCCUGGGGGGAGUGCGAAGCCGAGGCUGUCGGUGCAGGGCAACGUGGACCCUGCCGUGCUGUUUGCUUCCAAGGAUGCCGUUACUGACGCCAUCCACCGCUGUGUUGCCAAGGCGGGUCCGCGCGGCCACAUUCUCAACCUGGGCCACGGCGUAUCGGAAAGAAUUCACGAAAGUUGCAUCCAGGACAGCCAUUGGGUUCGUGGUCAUGGGAUUCAUCGGCUUCUUUGUGAAACUAAUUUUCAUCCCCAUCAACAACAUUAUCGUCGGAUCGUAAUCAAGAUCUCGGGUCGUCCAUGGAGGAUAGAUAGGUCACAGGUUGUACCAAGCCUUCACGGAUAUCAUCACAUUGCAGUUGUGGUGAUUGGGUAG